CCGUCCUCAUCCUUCCUCGUCGUGUUGUCCCGUCGCUUCUUCCUCAGCCCCAUCCGCGGCCUAAACGACUUAACCAUCGGGAGACCAGACUUUAGAAGCCACUUGCCCAAACUAUCAAAAUCCUUGUUUGACGAAUAAGAAGCCAAAAACAUCUUCAGGACAGCGAGUUAACUCUAGUUCCUCUGUGGACAUGUCUUCUCCAUCACAGCUACAACAAUUGGAACAACUAAUAGAGGCAAAUGCUCACUCUGAUUCUCUGGCAGCAAUACGCAAGUUCAUCUUUGAAGUUGGACAUGGGCCUGAUGUUCUAAACACCUCAUAUUUGAAGGAGAGGGUUCGUGGGAUUGCCAAUGAGGUUCAGGUUGCAAUUCCUACAUAUGAAUCACUUCUGCUGGAGGAACUAAAAGAAACACAGAGCCGUGAAAGGGAACUGAAGCAAGAAUGGGAGAAAAGUGGUUGCAGUAUAAUUCUGGAUAGUUGGGGGAGCCAAUGUGGUAAAAAAAGCUUCAUAAGUGUUUUGGUACAUUGCAGGAAAGGCAUGUUGUUCCUCAGAUCCAAAGAUGUGUCUGCAAUCAUUGAGGACGUGGAUAUGCUAGAAGAAAUGAUUUCUUGCGUGGUUGAUGAAGUUGGCGCCAGUAACAUAGUUCAAGUUGUCAUGAAUGACGCAUCGCCAUAUAUGCAAACUGCACGGCAUAGAGUGCUGAACAAACAUGGCCAUUCAUUCUUCUUCCCGCUGUGUGCUGACUUUUGCAUCAACUUUCUGCUUGGGAAAAUUGCAUCACUUGAUCACAUCAGUGAGGUUCUAACGAAGGCAAAGGAACUAACAAGGUUUAUACAUGGCAAUGAGAUGCCAGUUAAACUGGUUGGAAACGGCGAGAUUGUGAGCAAUUCUUGUUUGAAAUAUGUUGCUGCAUUCUUGACACUAGAGAAGCUAGUUUCCGAGAGAGCAAAUCUGGUGGAGAUGUUUAACUCUCCUGAAUGGGCUUCCUCUGAUUGGGAUGCUAGCAGUACAUUCCGGUAUAUCUGCAACAUAGUGAAGACAGAUGCAUUUUGGUGUGUUGCGGCUGACAUUUUGAAGGUUACAAUUCCAUUUGUCAAGGUGUUGUUUAAAUUAGAGCGUGAAGAUUGUCCAAUGGGUAUCUUGUAUGACGCCAUGGAUUGUGCUAAAGAGGAGGUAAUGCGCAAUGUUGGAGAUAAGCAUGGUGAUAUUUUGUCUUGGGUUGACAAGAUAUGGGAUAUUUACUUGCAUUCUCCACUGCAUGCUGCUGGUUACAUGCUAAACCCAAGGGUUUUUUACAAAGACCAUGCCUGUGAUGAUCCUGAGGUCAUCAGCGGUAUUGAGGCCUGCGUCACCCGAAUGGCCAACGGUAAUUAUGAUCCAAAGAAAGUCAAAGCACAAACUGAAGUAUAUAGAAGAAAAUUGGGUUCUUUGGCUUCAGAUUCAUCAGCAAUUAAGGAAAUGAUGGAAUUACCACAAGUUUGUUGGUGGUCGGUGCAUGGGACUGACACAGCUGAGCUGCAAACCCUUGCGACCCGGAUCUUAAGCCAAACAUGCUUUGGCGCUAAAAGGUACAACAUUGACUGGCACGUAUCUGAGAAGGUGCAUGAGGCGAAGCUAUUUCAUGACCAGGACCUGUACCGCGGGCUGGAGUAUGUCCACUACAAUAUGCGUCUCGCCGGUGGUAAACCACUCAUAGGAGGUAUUUCUGGGCAUCAGGUCGGUAAGCCUGCCAGUCUGCUGGGUGAUUGGAUCUGGGGUCCACGGCAUCGCCAUUGAUGGCUCACCGUCCAGACUCUGGAGCAAUGCGUUAAUCUCUCCCAGAAGCGCUUGCGCUCUCGUUUCCAAUCUGGCAUUCUGGUGUGAUUCUGAUUGUGCCUCAUCAGACUCUUGCAGUUUUUUUUUUUCUUGAACAAUCAUCGUAGCCAGGUGGACCGAGCUAUUUUCCAUAGAAACCGAUUGUGGUUAGUUGUGUUGUAAUAGAAAAAAUAUCGGUGGCAUUCAGCCAUCAGAACCAUCGCGGAUGACAUAUGGAGAUACAUCACUGUAACCCCGGUGUCGAUGUUACCUAUAUUUUCCUUAUUUCUAAACUUUACCCCGCAUUCAUUUCUGCAUCCAAUGCCAAACAGAGAUGUGUAGUGCAUGCAUAA